GCUAUUUAUGGAGUGUUGAACCUCUUUCUCUUUCAAAGUUCAGCCAUGUUUUGGGCGUGGGGGCUGCUGGUAUUUGCACUCAUCGUCUACAGCUUGAGUUACCGCUGGAUGCAGGGAAUGGCACAGCCUGCCUUCUCCGAGGACGGUGCCCUUGUCGAUGGAGGAAUAGACCUGAACAUGGAACAAGGAAUGGCAGAGCAUUUAAAAGAUGUGAUAUUACUCACUGCCAUCCUCCAGGUUCUCAGUUGUACAUCCAUGUACUUCUGGUAUUUGUGGCUCCUGGCUCCAGGCAGGGCUCUAUACCUCCUAUGGGUGAAUAUCUUGGGCCCUUGGUUUACAGCUGAGGCUCCCAACAAUCAGGAAAUGUCUGAAAAGAAACCGAGACGGCAAGAACGACGACAGAUGAAGAGGCAGUAGCUGGAGCCGCGCUGGAAUCCCCCCACCCCAAAUACACACAAUCAGCUGCCGCCCAUUCAGAUUCCCAGGCCCCCCCCACCUGCCACCAUCGUUACUCCCAUUUGUGCCGGGGAAAACAUGUCCCUCAGUGCGUGCUUGUUUUUCCCAAUAAUCAUUUCCUAUCAGUUGAGCUUUGCCUUGAGUCAGAGCUGGUUGUGAUAAGUGAUUGUCAUGUCUGCAUGCAAUGCUCCUGUCACUCUGCUCAUGCCAAAUGGAAGGAAACAGCUGGGUAUUUUGAUGUCAAGAGAUCAGAUGUUUGAGAAAAUGAUGUGGAUUCAACUGUAUCUGCAUAAUCCCUUCCCCAGUACGACCUAUUUUAGUUUUUGUACUUGUGCUGUAGCUGAACUGGGAGUGCCAGAUGCAAAGCUGUAGAGGGAGCUUUUUUUUUGUUCUGUGUUGUAAGUUUGGUUCUGUGUUUUGCCGGCACACCCUCUUUUUUUAUCAGUGACUGAACGAUAGACAUGUUCCGAGCGCUGUCAGUGCUGUGCCAUGGUUGUCUUUCUGUUAAGAUGGCCCAGUUGUCUAACAGCACAGUGCAGCUCCAGUCUACACAGUCAGGUUCCAUUCCUGGCCAGUGAUAAUCUCAGCCACGCAGCCUUAUGUGCUGGAAUUCACCUCAGUGUCAUAGGUUCGGCAGGAUAAAAGGAGUUCCCACUCCCCUGAUCAAAAUCCAGGAAUUUGCACCUCCUCUUCCUCCACCCCCCCCCACCCCUCCCUUCCAACAACAAUGGACCUAUAACGUGUGGAUGUUGGAUGAGGACAGGAUUGGGACUCAAUCAACCACACAGUCCAAAACUGUGUUGACACUCACUGCCAAGGGUUAUGGCACUAGUGGCCACUUGGGCAACACCGACGAUGACCAGUUCCCAUGAAACAAUACCCAGGAGAAGAACAGAGGAGGUGACGGUAAAUCCUCUCUAAAUCAUUUCCCCUUAUGUCAUUAAAGCCCCCCCAAAAAAAUCUGUAUCUCUUCCUAGUUUUAAGAGGUUAGGGCUCUUGUUGGUCUGUUCAAUAGCUUCUGUGAGAUUUACAAAGCAGCCCAGAGUGACUUGCCAUCAUUCUCUGUGCUUUGGCAUCCUUGCUCCCAGCAUGAGACUUGUUUUGACCCAGGUCCCGUUCCCCUUCCCCACCCCCUUUCUUGCCUCCAAAAAUAAUAAACCAGGGCUGGAUUGGUACCUGUUAAAUUAGCAUCAGGACAAAAACCGGAGUAAUGGAAAAGCCACAAGUCUCGUUGCUGUGCGUCAUCUGCAUGCUUCAUAUGCGAGAACAGAACCAGGUGGAGGACAGGCAAAGUGCAUUGAACCCAAGGACUCAGUUUCUGACACAGUCUUAAUCCGUCGCCUGCGAAGAUGUAAACGGCUCACACGGGUCAGGGGUCGCUGGGUGGGUCAGAGAUCAUGCCCCAAGCACCUGCAGUCUGUUCCGUUGACUUUAUCACAUCAUCGAUGCAUUGAUUGUAUUUAAGAUUGUUUUAUUAAAUAAAAAGAAAUCAAACUUUUUUUAAAUUUGC